AGUUUUACUAGAAAGAUUAUCUAAUAAAAAUUGUAGAUUUCUAUGCACUUCUGUGAUUGUAGACAAUGCAGCGUCUGAACAGGACUUUUAUUUUGGAGUGACGACAUGACGUCAUAAGACUGCGCCGCGCUCCUGCAUCUGUUGAAGAAAGGUUUGUUUUAAGAAUUUAAGCUGUUUAAAUCGAUGAAGACAGUUCAAUGAUUAAUAGUUGUUGUUGUUUUUUUUCUUUUUUUUUUUUUUCUUACAAGCUAUGUGGAAUUAGUUUAUUUACUAUUUAAUGUUUAUUUAUCUAAGUGUAAUGAAGGAUAUUUGUGUGAGUAAAGCUCAUCCACUGAUGAGAAACAGUAAACCUGCGUCUCAUUUCUCUCUAUAUAUCAUAAAUCAGUUUAUCAUGAACACGAGUUCAGUCUCUGGCGAGUAAUGAUGGAGAAACUGAACUUUUCAACUCCGAGUCAAUUGAAUCAAAUACUUUGGUAAAUGAUUCAGUGAAUCACGACACGUGCUGCUCAAACAGUGAACGUGAACGACAACAACAAACACUAACGUGUGAUGAAAACUUUUACAAACUGAUCAUUUUUUCAGCAGUGUAAUCAUUUCAAUAUAAUUUAUAAUUCACUAAAUACCAAAUGUAGAUCAUUAAUGUCUAAAUAUGAAGUUUAUUAAUUUACACCGUUAGUUUUUAUUUUUUUGUCUAUCCAGGUCAUUGAAGACUUUUAACUCUGUUAAUUAUUCUCUUCUUAAAGAUGGCGUUUAUUAAAGAUGAGACUGAAGAUAUGAAAAUUGAGUUUAUUAAAGAGGAGACUGAAGACAUGAAGAUUGAAGAAGCUUUCAGAGUGAAACAUGAAGAUACUGAGGAACAAACAGACCUAAUGGCACUGAAAGAGGCGAGUCAUGAACUUAAUGAAAGGAAAGAAGAGAAAAAACAUUAUGAUAAACAUCACGAUUUCAUGACUGGGGAAAGAGCGACACAGGCUAAAAAGUCCUCCUUACAAAAAAGAGCUCAAAAGACUGGAAAUAAAAGUUAUUUCAUCUGCCAACAGUGUGGAAAGAGUUUUGAUCAACAUAGAAACCUUCAAGUCCACUUGAAAGUUCACGCUAGAGAGAGCCCCAUCACUUGCCAACAGUGUGGAAAGAGUUUCACACUUAAAGAAAACCUUCAAGUCCACUUGAGAAUUCAUACUGGAGAAAAGCCUUACACCUGUCAACAGUGUGGAAAGAGUUUCACUGUAAAAGUAAACCUUAAAGACCACAUGAGAAUUCACACUGGAGAGAAACCUUUUACCUGCCAGCAAUGUGGACAGAGUUUCACUGUAAAAGGAAACCUUAAAGACCACAUGAGAAUUCACACUGGAGAGAAACCUUUCACCUGCCAACAAUGUGGACAGAGUUUCACACAUAAAGGAAGCCUUAUAGUCCACAUGAGAAUUCACACUGGAGAGAAGGCUUACACCUGUCAACAGUGUGGAAAGAGUUUCGCACAUAAAGGAAGCCUUAUAGUCCACAUGAGAAUUCAUACUGGAGAAAAGCCUUACACCUGUAAACAAUGUGGACAGAGUUUCAGUCAGAAGGGAAGCCUUACAGCCCACAUGAGAAUUCACACUGGAGAGAGCCCAUUCACGUGUAAACAGUGUGGACAGAGUUUCAGUAGAAAAGGAAAACUUGAAAUCCACAUGAGAACUCACACUGGAGAAAAGCCUUAUACCUGCCAAGAGUGUGGAAAGAGUUUCAAUGAGAAAGGAAACCUUAUAGUCCACAUGAGAAUUCAUACUGGAGAGAAACCUUUCUCCUGCCAUCAAUGUGGAAAGAGUUUCAGAUUUAAAGGUAACCUUAAGGGCCACAUGAGAACUCACACUGGAGAAAAGCCUUAACACCUGUACUGUGCGGGAAUGGCUUCACACAGGAACAAAGCCUUAGGGAACACAUGAAUAUUCACACUGGAGAGAAGCCAUUCACAUGUGAUCAGUGUAGAAAGAGUUUCAGACAUAAACUGACCCUUUAUUCCCACAUGAAAAUUCACA